AUGCUAUCCAAAAUUAAUGAUGCUCGCGUGCCGAAUAUAGAAGUAGCUUCUGUGGAUUUCACGGUACAGAACAUGACACAAACACGUCUGAGUGCAAAUUGGGAUGUGUUGAUAAGAAUUCCCAAAACUCUUCCUGAUAAUUUUAUAUGUCUUCAAGGAGACAUUCGAGUUUCCUUGUUUUACAAGAAUGUUGCCCUUGUUACCUCCUCGAGGCAAAAGUACAACGAUCUCAGGCUCAACUCGCCUCAACAACUUAGGGUUUCAGCUUCUCUCUCUGAAGAAGAUAUUGGCGGUUUGAUUGGAAAAAACAUUAUCAGAGAUAUCAAAGAAAGUAGGGAAGUGAGGUUCGGAUCACACUUGUUUCUUACGGAUUGUAGAGAAAAAUCGAGAGGAGUUAUGAGGUAUGCGUGCGAAGAAAUCACGUUACGGUUCGAGCCAGGUUCUGAGACGGAAGCGACUGCGUUUGGAAACAACCCUAGAUGCGUCAAUUUUUGA